AUGACGUCCACCAUGACACGUGAGAGAAUGCUGAUGCCACCAUCGAAUGAACUAGACAGUGAGGGUUCAAGUGGUGGUGGCGUUGAUCAUCAACUACCUGAUAAUCAUCAUCGAGUGGAUCUUCGUAGACAUUUGCAUACAGACGAUAUACUUGACUCUAGUAGCCCGAAAAAACGUCGUAAGCAAAUGACACCAGUACGUGUGACAACAACAUUGAUAACAACUGGCGAGCAAAUGGCAUCCGAAGAAGAUGAUGAUGACACCUAUCACGAUGGGUUAGAGGAGGAGGAGAUGGAAGACUUAGAGGGAGAAAUUGCAACAACGGCUCAUGACAACCAUCAUACCGAUCGAGAAUCAGAGGAUGAAUUUAUUGAGAAAGGUAAGACGACACUAGUACGUGAACAGGCAAUAUCAAAAGAUGAAAAUCUUAACACUGAAUUUCAAUGUUCAUUUUGCGGUAAUUUAUUCGAAGAUAAAGAUACUUUGUUACGUCAUAAAGAAAAUGAGCAUGACACCGCUAAUUUAACAACGCAAUCGAUAAAUUUAAGUCCACUGUCGCAAAAUUUAUUAUUACCUGUAGGGGUUAAAAUUGAACAACAGGAUGAAUCAUCCGAUAAUCCCGUAAAUUUAUCAUCGGGUUUUAGUUUAAAAACUUUUACAAAUUCGUGGUUAACAGGAACAACAACGCCAACAACACAAUUGCAAGAUUCAGAAUGGUCAAAUCAAAAUCCAAUGUUGAUUCCAGGUCAUAUGUCUUAUCCCGGUGCCCUAACGCAGUAUCUUCCUUUACCGACUUUUCCGAUUAAUGAAACUGGACAGUUGACACGUAAUGUUGUAGGUGGGUCAGGGCCUGUUAGAAUUUUUAAUCCUGAUGCUUACUGUCAGCUUUGUAACAAAGAAUUUUGUAAUAAAUACUUUCUUAAAACCCACAAAGCUAAUAAACAUGGUAUCUAUAUGGAUCCACCAGCGUCGAAUACACCCAAUGCUAAUGAUAACAAUGGAUUAAUGAGUUAUCCUAAUUCAAUUUAUCCACCUGCCAAUAUUAAGUUAGAACAACCACAGUCCCAGCCACCACAGCAACAAAAAUUAGAAAUCCCAGAAAUCAGUCCGGUUUUAAUGAUUCCCACAAUCCCAUGUGAUAUUUGCCAAAAAAGAUUUAAAAACGAGGAAUCACUAAAGAAACAUAAACAAAAAGUUCAUAUCGAACAGAUUUCCGAUCAUACUGACUCACAGUCAUUACCGGCUACGGGAUUAGGGGAAGAUGAUUGUAGAGAUUUAUCAUCAUCGCGAUUGGACAGUAGUCCAAAUAAUAUAGAGGCUUUGUUUAAACAAGAAUUUGGUAUUGAACAAGAAGAUGCCAAAUAUAUGCCUCCACCGAGACAAUUUUCGCCACAAUUAUGUCAACAGAUAGGUGAGUGUGGUUUUACGGCUGAUAAAUUACGGUCAAUAGGUAUUAUUAAUCCAGACGCAUUUUGUGAAAUAUGCUAUAAGGAAUACUGUAAUAAACAUUUUUUACGCAUACAUAAAAUUAAAAGACACAAUAUUUUGAUAGGAAGCAAUGGUAAAUCUCCAAACAAUCCUGAGGCUGCUGCUUCCUGGCAUCAAAUUCAAACAAGUCCGUUAAAUUUAAUUGUUAGUGAUAAUCCAACAAGUUCUGAAUCUACGGAUAAAUCUGAUGACUGCGAAUGUAAAACAUGUGGCAUUAGAUUUCAAACGAUUGAUCUAUAUGAAACGCACAAAAAUAAUAAUCAUGAAAAUCAAGAACAUAAAUCACCAACGAGACCAACAAUGGACAUGGAAGAACUGGAUAUUGAACAACAACGUUCAGAUACUAUUUCACAAGAUUUACAAAAAUUACAAACAAUGAUCUUACAAUUGAAUGGUUUAAAACCAAAUAAUAGACCAAUAAUUUGUAGUAUAUGUAGUAGAGAAUGUGAAAGUCAAUUGGCACUGAAAACACACAUGAGUUUAGAACAUGGUACAACUAUACUAGAAGAAUCUCUUUCCCCAUCUCAGCAAUUGGUUGAAAAUUCUUUUAGCACUGCUUCUUCUACAUUCUGUACACUGUGUGAGAAAGAUUUUCGAAGUCCUGAUACUUUGAAACAACACCUAGCUGACGACCAUAAUCAUCAUCAAACAACACCAACACCAAAUAAUCUAACUCAUGUUCCAUUAAUUUCAACGUCAGCUCCGACAAACCAGUUACCACCUGCUCCACCACUUCCACCUCCAGCAGACAAAAAGAUAACAUCAAUGACACCGACUUCAAGUUACUGUGAAAUAUGUAAUAAAGAAUUGUGUAAUAAAUAUUUUAUGAAAACACAUAUGCAACGUAUGCACGGUAUUGAAAUUGAAAACGGUUCACAAAUAGGUGGUGUUGUGUGUAAUAUAUGCAAUAAAGAGUUGUGUAGUAAAUACUUUUUACGUGUUCACAAACAUAAUACGCAUGGUAUCAUUGACGAAGGUACGGUAAGUGGCGGAUCAACAACAAACAUAAAACCCGAUAAUUUUGAAUCAUCAAAUUCAGAAGACAUGGCAGCUUUAAAAUCCAGCGAUCAGUUGGGUGAUUUAAGUCACAGAUAUUUCACGCACUUUACAGAAGUUUGUCCUGUUUGCAGUAGAAGAUUUCGUAGUAUUAAAUGGCUAAAAGCACAUUUACUAGGCGAUCAUGGUAAAAUAGGUAUUGAUAAGUGGCGUGAUUUAGAACAACAGUAUCAACAAAAUACAACAGCAGCUAAAAAAUUACCAACAAAUCAAUUAAUUAAUCGUCCGAUACAACCAAGUCCAAAUUUAAAAAUACCAAAUGGUUUUGAUGUAACACAUCAUUUAAAAUCAACAACAAAUGAUCAUGGUGCAACAACAAUUGGUAACCAAGUACUUUCAACAUUAUUUGGUGGUGCUGAAGAGCAAAAUAAAAAUUAUCGAUGUUCUUAUUGUAAUUUUACAACACCCGUACUACCAUUUUUAUUCCUACACGAACGAUCACACGUAACAUCUGAUAACAUUAAUUUAGAACAAAAUGCACAAUGUCCCAUAUGUUCACAAGGGUUUACACAGCCGGAAAUGCUGCAUCAUCAUUUAGUGACCCGUCAUCAAUUUUCAGGAAUGCAAUUCCCAUCACCAAUCAUUACUACUCCAACUACAACUGUUGCCGCUACUAAUCUAUCUGUAGAAGCAAAUCAAAUUGAACAUCAAGUAACUGAAAAAAAAGAAAAAUCUGACAUAACCGAUAAUAAUAUACAGUGUCAGAUAUAUCCAGUCCAAUCAAAUUCAGAAACAAUUAAAAAUAAAAUCGAUGAUACAAAUUCCACUUCUGGAGCAGUUGCCACCACAACUGCAACAGGAACUAUUUUGGUAACGCCACAAGCUGCAUACAAAUGUGCACAAUGUGGUUUAGCAACUGCCAAUUUAAAUCGUAUUAAAAAACAUGUUAAAAAAGAUCAUAAAUCAAUAGGUGAUCCUACGGAUAAUGUUAUUGCAGAGCUUACUAAAACUCUGCGUGAUGUUGCAAACAAACACAAAGUACCUGUUAGCUAUGCAAUACCCCAAGAUACCAAUUCAAAUCCAGAUACCGCCACAAUAAUGCAACCAUUUAUUGUUAAAGAAAAAGAUUGUGGUUUCAGUAGUGACGAUUGUAGGGUUGAAAAAAAAUUUUCACCUGUUUUAAUUUAUUUACCUGUACGUACACGAGUUACCGACGCCCUCACAACUUCCUUUACACUCGUUCCUACUUAA